AAAAAAAAUCUAAACACACAAACCAAGUUUUCCUAUUUACAGUGUUAAGGGAAGGGUAGGCAUUUCGGAAAGGGCAGAUCCUUUCCCCCAAGUUAUCCAAGAAGAAAGAGAAAACAGCAUAAAGAAGCUCUGAUUACAGAUCUUUGGAAUUUUCUUUGCUAAAUUUUACAAACGAGAAAUACACCCAGAAUUUUGGGAAUUGCUCCAGGCUGCGCGUGAGGGUUUGAUUGCUUGUCUGAUCUUUUUUGAGAAGAGGAGAAUUCGCCAAAAGGGGUUUGGAUGGCAGAAUCCCGGUUGGGUUUCUGCAGCAGCUCGCCUUCUCAGUCUCUUCUCUGAGGGAGGGUCUCUGCCGCCGGCCCGAGACCCCCUGCCUCAGGCUCCUUUUGCAGGCGCCCGCCGGGGAAAAUGCCCCGCUCUGGCAGGAGCACGCGGGUUGCUGCGGGGACUUCCUAGCCCGGUGGGAAGUGUGUUCGUGGUGUGGGGAUAGUUUUCAUUGAACUGAAGGCGAAAAGACUGGACUCUCCUGGGUUUUUCCCUUCGCAGUGAACAUGGGAAAGAAUUAGGGGGUGGGAGGGAGGCAGCAUGACUUGCAGUCGUCGCUGCCCUGCAUCUGCCCCCAGCCCCCAGCCAGCAUCUUGAUGUUCCACGUAUCGGCUGUACAAAUAUGAUGAAAUGGCAGCCCCGGAAGAAGGCAUACUUCCGACAGGGUGUUGCCCUCCAGUACCUGGGACGUCAUGCCGAUGCCCUGGCAGCCUUUGCAUCGGGCCUGGCUCAGGACCCCAAGAGUCUUCAGCUUCUGGUGGGGAUGGUAGAAGCUGCCAUGAAAUCUCCCAUGAGAGACUCCCUUCAGCCCACGUACCAGCAGCUUCAGAAAAUGAAACUGGACAAGAGUCCCUUUGUGGUUGUGUCUGUGGUCGGGCAGGAGCUCCUGACGGCCGGCCACCAUGGGGCCUCUGUGGUCGUCUUAGAAGCUGCUCUGAAGAUUGGCACCUGCAGCCUCAAACUGAGAGGUUCCGUUUUCUCUGCCCUGAGCAGUGCUUACUGGUCUCUUGGGAACACAGAGAAGAGCACUGGAUACAUGCAGCAGGAUUUGGAUGUAGCCAAGACUUUAGGUGACCAGACAGGGGAAUGCCGAGCUCAUGGGAAUUUGGGCUCUGCAUUCUUCUCCAAAGGAAAUUACCGAGAGGCUCUCACUAACCACAGGCAUCAGUUGGUGCUCGCCAUGAAACUCAAGGAUCGAGAGGCAGCUUCAUCAGCCCUGAGCAGUCUGGGCCAUGUGUACACAGCUAUUGGAGACUACCCCAACGCACUGGCCAGUCACAAGCAGUGUGUCCUUCUCGCCAAGCAAUCCAAAGACGAACUCUCUGAAGCCCGAGAACUCGGCAACAUGGGAGCUGUGUAUAUUGCCAUGGGUGACUUUGAGAAUGCUGUGCAGUGCCAUGAGCAGCAUCUUAAGAUAGCCAAGGACCUGGGGAACAAGCGAGAAGAAGCCCGGGCCUACAGCAACCUGGGCAGUGCCUACCACUACCGGAGGAACUUUGACAAGGCCAUGUCUUACCACAACUACGUCCUGGAGCUGGCACAGGAGUUGACGGAGAAGGCCAUUGAGAUGCGGGCCUACGCGGGCCUGGGCCAUGCAGCCAGGUGCAUGCAGGAUUUGGAGAGGGCUAAACAGUACCACGAGCAGCAGCUGGGCAUUGCUGAGAAUCUCAAGGACCGGGCUGCAGAGGGGCGAGCGUCCUCCAAUCUGGGGAUAAUACACCAGAUGAAAGGUGACUAUGACACUGCGCUGAAGCUCCACAAGACCCACCUGUGCAUCGCGCAGGAGCUGAGCGAUUACGCUGCCCAGGGCCGUGCCUACGGGAACAUGGGCAAUGCCUACAACGCACUGGGCAUGUACGACCAAGCUGUCAAGUACCACCGGCAGGAGCUGCAAAUCUCCAUGGAAGUGAAUGACCGCGCCUCGCAGGCCUCCACCCACGGGAAUCUCGCUGUGGCCUACCAGGCCCUGGGUGCCCAUGACCGGGCCCUGCAGCACUAUCAGAACCACCUGAACAUCGCCCGGGAGCUGCGGGACAUCCAGAGCGAGGCCCGGGCCCUCAGCAACCUGGGCAACUUCCACUGCUCUCGGGGCGAGUAUGUCCAGGCUGCCCCCUAUUAUGAGCAGUAUCUCCGGCUUGCUCCUGACCUUCAGGACAUGGAGGGAGAAGGGAAGGUCUGCCACAAUCUUGGCUAUGCCCAUUACUGCCUUGGAAAUUACCAGGAGGCGGUGAAGUACUACGAGCAGGAUCUGGCACUGGCCAAAGACCUUCACGACAAAUUGAGCCAAGCAAAAGCCUACUGCAACUUAGGCCUAGCAUUCAAGGCCCUGCUGAAUUUCAGCAAAGCAGAGGAGUGUCAGAAGUACCUACUGUCCUUAGCCCAGUCCCUGAAUAAUUCCCAGGCUAAAUUUCGAGCCCUAGGGAACCUGGGUGAUAUAUUCAUCUGUAAAAAAGAUGUAAAUGGUGCAAUAAAAUUCUAUGAGCAGCAGCUGGGCUUAGCUCACCAAGCAAAUGACAGAAGACUGGAGGCCAGUGCAUAUGCAGCUCUAGGCACAGCCUACCGAAUGAUCCAGAAGUAUGACAAGGCCUUGGGUUACCACACACAGGAACUGGAGGUGUAUCAGGAGCUCAGCGACUUGCCAGGGGAGUGCAGAGCCCACGGGCAUCUGGCUGCUGUCUACAUGGCCCUUGGGAAGUACACAAUGGCAUUCAAGUGUUAUGAAGAACAGCUGGAUCUAGGGCAGAAGCUGAAAGACCCAAGUCUAGAAGCCCAGGUCUAUGGAAACAUGGGCAUCACAAAGAUGAACAUGAAUGUGAUGGAAGAAGCCAUUGGCUACUUCGAGCAGCAGCUGGCCAUGCUGCAGCAGCUAAGUGGAAACGAGUCUGUGCUGGACAGGGGGCGGGCCUACGGCAACCUGGGGGAUUGCUACGAGGCCCUAGGUGACUAUGAGGAAGCUAUCAAGUACUAUGAACAGUAUUUAUCUGUUGCUCAAAGUCUGAAUCGCAUGCAAGACCAAGCCAAGGCUUACCGGGGCCUAGGAAAUGGACACAGGGCGAUGGGGAGCUUGCAGCAAGCCCUUGUGUGCUUUGAAAAGAGGCUGGUGGUUGCCCAUGAGCUCGGGGAGGCCUUCAAUAAAGCCCAGGCCUAUGGAGAGCUUGGAAGUCUGCACAGCCAAUUAGGGAAUUAUGAACAAGCCAUUUCCUGCCUUGAACGCCAGCUGAACAUAGCUAGAGAGAUGAAAGACCGAGCCCUGGAGAGUGAUGCGGCCUGUGGCCUGGGGGGCGUUUACCAGCAGAUGGGGGAGUAUGACACAGCCCUCCAGUACCACCAGCUUGAUCUGCAGAUAGCAGAGGAAACCAACAACCCCACAUGCCAGGGCCGAGCCUAUGGGAACCUGGGUCUGACCUAUGAAUCUCUGGGCACCUUCGAGAGGGCUGUGGUCUAUCAAGAACAGCACUUAAGCAUCGCUGCACAGAUGAACGACUUGGUGGCUAAGACAGUGUCAUAUAGUAGCCUUGGAAGGACCCACCAUGCCUUGCAAAACUAUUCCCAGGCAGUCAUGUACUUACAAGAAGGUUUAAGGUUAGCUGAGCAACUGGGCCGAAGAGAAGAUGAAGCCAAAAUCCGCCAUGGCCUUGGCCUCUCCCUUUGGGCCAGUGGAAACCUGGAGGAGGCCCAACACCAGCUCUACAGGGCAUCGGCCUUGUUUGAAACGAUCCGGCAUGAGGCACAGCUGAGCACGGACUACAAACUCUCCCUCUUCGACCUGCAGACGUCAUCCUACCAGGCCUUGCAGCGGGUGCUGGUCAGCCUAGGCCAUCACGAUGAAGCCCUGGCCGUGGCAGAAAGAGGACGGACGAGGGCAUUUGCUGACCUCCUGGUGGAGCGACAGACAGGACAGCAGGACUCUGACCCCUACUCCCCGGUCACCGUUGACCAGAUCCUAGAGAUGGUUAAUGGCCAGAGGGGACUAGUGCUGUACUACUCCCUGGCUGCAGGCUACCUGUACAGCUGGCUGCUGGCUCCCGGGGCAGGGAUUCUGAAGUUUCACGAGCACUACCUGGGUGAUAAUGCAGUGGAAAACUCCAGUGACUUCCAGGCUGGCAGCAGUACAGCCCUCCCAAUGGCAACCAGCUCAGCCUUAGAGCAGCACAUCACCAGUGUCCGAGAGGCCCUGGGUGUGGAGUCUUACUACUCAAGGGCCUGUGCCAGCAGCGAGACGGAGAGUGAAGCUGGAGACCUCAUGGACCAGCAGUUUGAAGAGAUGAACAACAAACUCAACUCGGUUACUGACCCAACCGGCUUUCUGCGGAUGGUCAGCCGCAAUAACCUCUUCAACAGGAGCUGCCAGAGCAUGACGAGUUUGUUCAGCAACACCAUGUCGCCCGCCAAGGACGGGGCCUCCUCUCUUCCCAGGAGGCAGGGGUCCUUCGCCAAGCCCCCGCUGCGCGCCCUGUACGACCUGCUCAUAGCACCCAUGGAAGGGGGCCUGAUGCACUCCAGCGGCCCCGUGGGCCGGCACCGGCAGCUCGUCCUGGUCCUGGAGGGGGAGCUCUACCUCAUGCCCUUCGCCCUCCUGAAGGGAAGCUCCUCCAACGAGUACCUCUACGAGCGCUUCGCCCUCAUCGCCGUCCCGUCCGUCCGCUCCCUCGGCCCGCACUCCAAGGCCCACCUGAGGAGGAGUCCGCCCAUAUACCCCAGCUGCACCUCCAUGGCGGCCGUCGUCGGCAACCCCAAGCUCCCGGCCGCGGUGAUGGACAGGUGGCUGUGGGGGCCCAUGCCGUCGGCCGAGGAGGAGGCCUACAUGGUGUCCGAGCUGCUGGGCUGCCAGCCCCUGGUGGGCAGCGUGGCCACCAAGGAGCGGGUCAUGAGCGCCCUGACCCAGGCCGAGUGCGUCCACUUCGCCACCCACAUCUCUUGGAAGCUCUCGGCCUUGGUCCUCACGCCCAGUGUGGACGGCAACCCAGCCAGCAGCAAGAGCUCCUUCGGCCACCCCUACAUGAUCCCCGAGUCCCUGCGGGUGCAGGAUGAUGCCAGUGACGUGGAGAGCAUCUCGGACUGCCCGCCCCUGCAGGAGCUGCUGCUCACGGCCGCGGACGUGCUGGACCUGCGGCUGCCCGUGAAGCUGGUGGUCCUUGGCUCCUCGCAGGAGUCCAGCAGCAAGGUCACGGCCGACGGGGUCAUUGCACUGACGCGGGCCUUCCUGGCUGCCGGCGCGCAGUGCGUGCUCGUGUCCCUGUGGCCCGUGCCGGUGGCCGCCUCCAAGAUGUUCAUCCACGCCUUCUACUCGUCCCUGCUGAACGGGCUGAAGGCCAGUGCCGCCCUGGGCGAGGCCAUGAAGUCCGUGCAGAGCAGCAAGCCCUUCGCCCACCCCUCCAACUGGGCAGGGUUCGUGCUCAUCGGAAGCGACGUCAAGCUGCACAGCCCCUCGUCCCUGGUCGGCCAGGCCCUCGCAGAGAUCCUGCAGCACCCAGAGCACGCACGGGACGCCCUGCGGGUGCUGCUGCACCUGGUGGAGAAGUCCCUGCAGCGCAUCCAGAAUGGGCAGCGCAACGCCAUGUACACGUCCCAGCAGAGUGUGGAGAACAAGGUGGGGGGCAUCCCCGGCUGGCAGGCCCUCCUCACUGCUGUGGGCUUCCGGCUGGACCCCCCGGCCAGCGGCCUGCCUGCAGCCGUCUUCUUCCCGACCUCCGACCCGGGCGACCGGCUGCAGCAGUGCAGCUCCACCCUCCAGGCCCUGCUGGGUUUGCCCAACCCUGCCCUUCAAGCCCUCUGUAAACUCAUCACUGCUUCUGAGACAGGCGAGCAGCUCAUCAGCCGGGCUGUUAAAAAUAUGGUUGGAAUGCUCCACCAGGUGCUGGUCCAGCUCCAGGCUGGCGAGAAGGAGCAGGAUUUUGCGUCGGCUCCCAUCCAGGUCUCCAUCAGUGUCCAGCUGUGGCGGCUCCCAGGAUGUCACGAGUUCCUGGCAGCUCUAGGUUUUGAUCUCUGUGAAGUUGGUCAGGAAGAAGUAAUUCUGAAAACUGGAAAGCAAGCCAGUCGGCGGGCCAUGCACUUUGCACUCCAGUCCCUGCUGUCCCUCUUCGAUUCUACCGAGCUGCCCAAGCGCCUCAGCCUCGACAGCUCGUCCUCACUGGAGUCCCUGGCUUCCGCGCAGUCCGUCUCGAACGCCCUGCCCUCGGGCUACCAGCACCCGCCCUUCUCGCCCACCGGUCCAGACAGCAUCGCCUCGGACGCCAUCUCCGUGUACAGUCUGAGCUCCAUCGCCUCCUCCAUGAGCUUCGUGUCCAAGCCCGAGGGUGGCUUAGAAGGUGGGGGCCCCAGAGGACGGCAGGACCACGACCAGUCGAAAAACGCUCCCCCGCAGAGGUCCACCCUGCCUCGGAGCCAGAUGUCCCCCCAGGCCCGCGCCACAGGCAGCAAAGACGAGGAGGAGUAUGAGGGGUUCUCCAUCAUCAGCACUGAGCCUCUGGCAACCUACCAAGAAAACAGGAAAACACAGUUCUCACCAGACCACAAGCAGUCCCGAGUGGGGGCAGCUGGAGGAGUUAAAGUUUCAGUGAGCUCCAAGGGGAGCAUAAGCACUCCAAACUCUCCUGUUAAAAUGACUCUGAUUCCCAGCCCAAACUCACCUUUCCAGAAGGUUGGAAAACUAGCAAGUUCAGAUACGGGAGAAUCGGACCAGUCCAGCACCGAAACAGACAGUACCGUGAAAUCCCAAGAAGAGAGCAACCCAAAGCUUGAUCCACAGGAGCUGGCCCAGAAAAUUCUAGAGGAGACGCAGAGUCACCUCAUGGCAGUGGAGCGUCUUCAGAGGAGCGGCAGCCAAGUGAGCAAGACUAACAGCUCCGAAGAGGGCGCCUCUGCCCCCAGCAGCACCUCUGUCUUCAGAGCGUCCGAGACGAGCGCAUUCAGCAGGCCCAUCCUCUCCCACCAGCGGGGCCAGGAGUCCCCAGUCCCUGUUAAACCAAAGCCUCCAGCUAGAAGCUCGUCCCUCCCCAAGGUGAGUUCUGGAUACAGCAGCCCCACCGCCUCGGAGACGCCCACCAAGGCCAGCCCAAGCCAGCACAGCGGCCGCCCAUCGCCUGGCUCCGACUCCCAGGCCUCCCUGACUGACCAGCCCCUCUGUAAACUGAAGUACCCGAGCUCUCCGUACAGCGCCCACAUUUCCAAGUCCCCGAGCUCAGGGCUUCCGUCUCCUGCUGGCAGUGCCCCGUCCCCAGCUCUCUCCUACUCUUCCGCUGGGUCCGCGCGCUCAAGUCCUGCUGACGCGCCCGACAUAGACAAACUGAAAAUGGCAGACAUCGAUGAGAAGGUGCAGGCUAUCCACAACCUCAAGAUGUUUUGGCAGAGCACACCCCAGCAUCCCACAGGACCAAUGAAAAUAUUCCGUGGGACCCCUGGAACGAUGACUUCCAAAAGAGAUGUCCUCAGCCUAUUACAUUUGUCACCUCGGCACAAGAAGGAGGAAGGAGGAGAUAAGCUUGAACUUAAGGAGCUUUCUUUGCCACAGCCUGAAAUGCCACACAAAAAUCCACCCAAUGGACAUUGGCGCACGGAGACCACCAGGCUGAGUGCACUGCCACAGUCCACCAGCCCUCCUGCUGCGGCUCCCACGCGCCCUUUGAGACUUCCUUCUGGAAACGGCUACAAGUUUCUGUCCCCAGGAAGAUUUUUCCCUUCCUCCAAAUGCUAAAGUACCUUUUAUACCGCGGCCAAGUGCAGCAGCCCACGGAGGGGAUCUCAUAGUCACUUCUGCCUACGCGCCUUGUCUGAAUGCACAGGUCCCACGCAGCCACUGCACCUCCUCAGGACAGCGACCCUCCUGGCACGGGCAUCACCUCGUCCAAACACGGCCCAGCACAUGCCGAGAGCUCCUCUGCCAGGACCCUGGGCCAGAGUCACCACAUGGGGUCGGUACAGGAGGCUCAUGGAACUGUCCGCCCACUGCACCAAAUGUUUACCUUUGACCUCCCCACCUUUUCACCUUUGCUGUGAUUCUUCAAUAGGAUUUUUGUACAAAAAUGGUCAUGUUCCUGAGGUGGGGAGAGGAAAGGGAGCACACAUUUUGCUAAGAGGUAUAUAUGCAGUACCUUUUAUACGCAAAAAUACAAAUAGAGCUUUUUUUCUUAAGGCUUUCAGGUACUGGUUGGGGCUGGUAUAUAUAAAAAUCUCUCUACGUUGGAAUCCACGUGAUAGUGUUAUAUUAGCCAAAACCAGAAUAAUGGUUUUCAAAAUGCCUAUGAUUUGUAAUUAAAUUGUAGCAAUUUUGGUCUCACAGUAUUGUAACAUCAUAAUAACAAUGCAAUAAUUCAGGAUGAAACAGUGCUGCCACCCUGAACUCUUCUCAGCUCCAUCGAUCUCUACACAUGUCCUUUUGGGCCCCACAGUCAACCAAACUUGAAUUUUCUUAAAAAAUUUAUGUAACUCUUAACCAGGCAUUUUAGAACUAUGCAAUUGUGAUUUUAAAUGCAACUUGUGCUUUUAAACAUUAUUGACCUUUUUUGUACGUGGAUAAACAACUUGGUUUUAUUAUCAAUAGUACUUUGCAUUUAUAACUAUUAUUUUUAAAAGCUCAAAAAGUUUUUUAAAAUGUCAAAUUUUGAAUAGUCAUCAAUAACUAUCAAGUUUAGGGGAAAAGUUGAAAUUAUGCAGUUUCUUUACAAGCAAAAUUAAUAAUACAUCCAUGGCUAACUAGAUUUAACCAGAAUCUAGCCUUCCAGCUCCUAUUCCCUUUUAUUAGCUGUGUGCUUGUAGUCUCUGUCCCUGUCUGCAGGCCUCUCGAGUCUCUUCUGUCUCAGUCCACUGCCACGUCACACAGUCCCGGCACCCUCCUGUGCCGUGCAAUGCCCGCCGAGCCUCAUCUUCGCUGUGCCCAGCCUCUCCUGCUCCUGCUGAAUGAAGGACGAGCCCCUCCGUGUACCACAGACGGUUUCAGUGUCCAUGUCCCAAGAAGCAGGUGUGGCCUUUGCUGGGAUAUACACAAAUUACUGCUAAACAGGGAAAGCAAACUUUUCCUACCACUGUGACAGUGUUGCCAGCUGGGAUGAGAAAAGGGAAGUCUACUUAGGAAUAACCAUUUAUUUAUUUUAGUAAAGACAUGAAAUGCUGAAAAUCAUAUUACUACUCAGUUUAGUUGGAGAUAAUUCCACCAUCCUCACUGGGAUGGAGACCACACAAAGGCUGUCCCGCCAGCCCGGGCCCCGUGACAGGGCGGUGCAGGAGGGCAGUGGGCGCAAGACAUGGAGGCGGGUUUUGGCCUCGGGUGGAUCCCACUUUCCACACACACUGACCACUUCAUCUGUGUUCCUCAGUGUACUGCUCUGAAGGGUGAAAGGGAUCAUAUUUAUCCAACUUGUGUUUGUCUCCUCAGCUAUCCAGAGAGGUUUUUGCAUUAACCCCACGGCCAUGUUGAUGAAAGCAAACAAUAAAAAUGUCACAUUCUAAUACCGACCCCAACAUUAGAAGAGAAAUACAUUAUAAAGAAGCACGCAAUUUUGAGGAUGCCAUUUUACGUUAGCAUGGAAAAAAUAAAUGGUAAUAAAAGUACCAGGGUAGCACAUGAAAGCCAAAUUUAUAGCACAGUGCAUUUAGAUGGCAAAAUCGGGUUCUCAGCCAUAGAAUAAUAAACCUCAAAGUAAAUUCUGACUCCACAUGUUGAUAGUUAAGCUGCCCCUUUCUCAGCAAAUCUCGCAGCCUUUUCCCAAGUGCCGUGGCGCCCCAGGUAAAGGCGUGGGUCUGUGCUCGCCCCCAGUGGGGACAAGUGGUGUGAUCCCAUGUCGUCAUUCUAGGGUUCGCCCGCCAUCACCCUGACAGUGUCCCGUGGCCUCAUCACCUUGGGCUGGUCAAGCCUGUUAGGAAGACUCGUGGACUCUAGCCUAGUUUUAGUCCUAAGUCCACUGCGGUUCUAGUUUUCAUACUGAGGAGCCACAAUGAUAUUUGUGAUUUUUUUUUUUGUCCUAGAUACAAGCUUCAAUAAGAAGGGAGAAACAAAAAUGAUGAAAUAAUAGACCCAAUCUAAAAAUCAUUCUUUAUCUUUACUGAGUGUCCUUCCCAGUGUUUCUAUGCAAGUGAAAUGCAUAUAAAAUCAUAAAAUCAAAGUGAAUGUUAAGGCUACACUGAAAAAAGAAUGCACUUAAAAUUAAUGUGAGGUUGUAUAAUUUGCAAAGAUGAGGGGUUGGCAAACUAUGGCCCAUAGGCUAAAUCUGGUCAGCCACUCCCCCCCACACAUACACUAGUUAUAAGUACCUACAUAGUAGUCUUAAUUUACCUCUUGGUCUGCAAAGCCUAAAAUAUUUAAUAUCUGGGCCUUUAAGAGCAAAUCUGCCGACAUCUGGUAUAGAAGAGAGAAAACACAAUUGGAAUAACGUUUUGUUUCUACAAUCUAGGGAAAGUGAGUGUCCCACUGUGGAUGAGAUUAAUUGGCAUGCACGGGAGCCCUGAACAUGUGUGGGCCCGUGUGGACAAAGGAACAAGUGACUCCCACACAAACCCCUGGCUUUUUGCCUCACUUGGAAGGAGUGAAUGGAUGUGGGUAAAAUUUACAUACAUUUUUCUUUCCCAAUUGAAGAAAGCAUUGGAUAUGUUUAUUUUCCAGCUCAGGAACCUGAACUGCCCUGCCUACUCGACUCCAUCAGAUGCAAAUACACUGAGUACAGGCAAUAAAACCUCCCUCUUGCAGAAAGCUUGGCGUGACCGUCGAGCAAGGCAGCAGACUCUUAGUUCCCACCAAGCCAACUACUCAAUUACUUUGGAAAUUUUAACUAAGUCAAAACGCCAAGAAAAAAUUAGCUUGUUAAACGUUUAUUUUGAUUCACACUGAUAUGGAUCCCAUUUAAAAAACUAAAUAGUCCCCACUUAUACCCACUGGGCUUCAGCUGGAGCCAGGCUGCUCACACUGUCCUUUCCCUGUCCCCAUCUGUCCCCAAAGCGAGUCUCCGGACGAGGUGAUGCCUGCGGCCAGCCCAGGGCAGGGCCUGUCCCACGGCCUCCCGGACACACACCUGCAGACCCACAAGGAGAAGGGUAGCGCUGUCUGUUUCAAUUCAGGUUGGAAAAAAUACACACAAUAAUCUGGUUUACUUUUAUUACGUAGGCAAAAAGUGAACAUUGUGAAACUUCCGUUCACAUAGUUGUUGUUUUAGCUGAAUUGAUUGUAUGUGUGCUUUGUGAACUGGGCCCUCGUUUGUGCCGGAGCCUCCCGAGAUGCCCCCGUGAGGGCGCCCGUCGCGCCCUCCCCUCGCGGCAGCUCGCGGCUGGGGGCGGCGUCAGGCUGCUGUAGCCUACACGGACUUUUUUUUUUUUUUUUUAUAAAUUACACAGUUUCCAGACAGCAUUAAAACUUUUUAUAUUAUGAAAUUUACCAUGUAAAAAGAACUUCAUAUUUUUAUUGAGAUUGCUUAGGCACUUGGCCUUCUUCCUUUGUGACUUCAGUGUCUAUUAAAGCAUGAGUUCCCUGGGUUUUAA